GGUGACCACGCUCGAGGAAAGCAAGGCAAAGAGAUGGACGACGGGAGUCGUCCUUCUCGAUGUGUCUAAAGCAUUCGACGCCGUCAAACACUCAGCAAUUCUGGACAUGCUCAGGCUGUCAGGAAUCGAGGGCCGACCGCUCCGUUACGUGAGGGCGUAUCUCAGCGGCAGAGAGGCGCAGGUACGAGCAGCCAAGGGACUCAGCACUCCCAGGAAAAUCAGGUGUGGCGUCCCCCAGGGGGGCGUGCUUUCCCCCUUGCUAUUUAAUGUGGCUAUGUCGGCCCUCCCGCAAAUCAUAAACAUUGGCCAAAAGGGAGUCAAGCGCCUCCAAAUAGCGGUUUACGCAGACGACAUUGCACUUUGGGCAACUGCUCGGGGAUGGCACCGAGGGGCCGUGCGGAAAGCUUUGCAGAGAGGAGUCACCAACAUUGAGCACUAUCUUUCCCUGCUCGGCCUGUCCCUCUCCCCGAGCAAGUCCGUCGUUCUGUGCAAUGCCCCCCACUACACAUAUCGCUUCUCAAUGUCAAUCAAAGCAGGCGGCACAGAAAUUCCAAUCAAGAAGCAAGCAGCUUACCUGGGGGUGCAACUGGACAGGAAAGCCACAUGGGCUCCUGCGGUUGCAGAGGUAAUCCGUAAGUGCCGACGCCACGCGCGUAUAAUCCAAAUGCUUGCAGGUACUCGCCGCAGAACCUCACAGGGUAUGCUGUUGACCCUCUACAAGGGAUUGAUUCUUUCUCGCGCACUGUACGCACUGCCGCUACUAACACUCACAGAGAACCAGUGGGAACUGCUCGAACGGAUGCAACGCACUGCACUUCGCGUCUGCCUCGGAGUCCCCCGCACGGCCUCCUCGCGCCACACACUGAACGAUGCAGGCGUCACCACGGUAAGACUCGCAGCGGCCGAACGAGCGAUGCGGCACCUCAUCCGGAUCGGUGAGUCGAGGGGCACAACCGGGCUGCCCGAGCGUAUUUUACAACGCACACGGUCCCAACUCGCCGCGCACGCGAGGGAACUUUUUCGGAUCGCGGGCGGCCCGGGGAACAACCCUACACCACCACCACCGAGCGAGGAGCCCCCGCUGCGAGUCGAACUGAACGCAGGUCUCGAUGCACCAAAGAGGCACAUGGCUGAGACGACGGCGAGGCAGCACGCGGAGCAUCAUAUCCACGAGCACUUCCUGGGCUGGGCGAAGACGUUCACGGACGGGUCUGUAAAUCCGGCGAGCCACUCGGCCAGCGCCGCGGCCGUGUCGGAGGACACCGGCCGCACGGCCGCCGAGAGGCUCUCUUUCCAGGCGACCUCCACGACAGCUGAGCUGGCGGCGCUGAUCCUGGCACUGUCCAUCGUGGACACCGAGGGGCAGCCAGACCGCCUGGUGAUACUCUGUGACUCCAAGGCUGCUCUCGGACUCCUGAAGAACCUGGACAGGGCCCCAGCACUGGCCAAGGUGGUGGCCCAAAAAGCCAUCGAGCUGCAGCGCCGGGGAUGGACGCUGGCCUUCCAAUGGGUUCCUGCACACUGUGGAAUAGCAGGUAAUGAAAGAGCAGAUCGCCUUGCCGCCGAAGCGCAGGAGGAUCCUGCAUACCCGAUCUCCGAGGUCCCGGCCUUCUCCGAUGCACGCCUGUUGGUCAGAAGAGUGGUGGCAGCCCGCCACCCCGAGCUCGAGCACGGGCCCCUGCCCCCGAGGCCCCCGAGGAACAUGCGGCGAGGCGAAGCGGCGGUGAUCCACAGGCUGCGCACGAGCAGCGCCUUCACCCCCGACUACAGAGCGAGGUGGCGAGCCGACGGCGACCGAAGCUGCCCGAGAUGCGCGGCGGCCGUCGCGGACGCCGAUCAUCUCCUCCGCGAGUGCCCGGACUUCGGCGAGGAACGUGAGCGAUUGUUUCGUCGCUACAUCACUCUUGGAUGUAGCACGAACAGCUUUGAAACUCUAAUCAGACCGCAAGGUAAGGCGGCGCAAAGUGCCCUAACAGCGCUCGCAGGAUUCCUCGUCGAGACGGGGCUGGCCGGCGAGAUCUAGGCUGCAACGGUCGCGCAAGAGACAAAGGAUCUGUAGCAGACGACAGCCGCAGAGCUUCGGGGAAAGCUCACCCCACUAGGAAGGCCUGGCCUGGCGCUGCUGCCCGCCCGCCGAAAACGCUCCUCCUUUCCCUCCUUCGGGGAAACUCGGUUUCUCCGCCGGUCGCGUGGCGGAGGGGGACGCGAUCGCUAUCCAGGCAGGGCCUGCAGGGCGUCGCGUCCUCCUCUCCCGUAAUCUCUCCUCCUUGCUGCCGAGCUGAUUGACAGCUCCUCUCUCGCGUUUUUCUUCUCUUUACUUUAUUCGCCUUGGUUCUCCCUCGCGCUGCACCCCCGGCUGUUAUUUUUUCUCUCUCCUUUCUUGUAGCCUCCUCUUUAGACUCAGCUUCUCUUUUCUUUCUGUUUACUUAACUGCCUUCCACUUAGAACGCGCGCGCAGGCCCACCCUUUGCGAGGGCCCCCUGAACCACUUAACUCUUUUAGACUGUAUUGUUUAUCUUUCUUUCUUUGGCUUUGCUUCCUGUCCGGUACGUUCUUGGCGCCGGACUUGUUUGACAGCCUCUCUCUCGCGUUUUCCGUCUGCUUUUUGGCUUUUAGUUUUAUUUUUCUUUCCUGCCUUCAGCGGGGAGGACUCUUUGUACAAGUUCUAACUGAUAGCUCCUCUUGGAACGCGCGCGCUGGGCCACCCCUCGCGUGGGCCCCCUGACCCACUUAACACUUUUAGACUGUAUUGGUUUUCUUUUCUUCUUUGGCUUUGCUUCUUGACCGGUACGUUCUUGGCGCCGGACUUGUUUGACAGCCUCUCUCUCGCGUUUUCCGUCUGCUUUUUGGCUUUUAGUUUUAUUUUUCUUUCCUGCCUUCAGCGGGGAGGACUCUUUGUACAAGUUCUAACUGAUAGCUCCUCUUGGAACGCGCGCGCUGGGCCACCCCUUGCGUGGGCCCCCUGACCCACUUAACACUUUUAGACUGUAUUGGUUAACUUUUCUUUCUCUGGCUUCGCUUCUUGUCGGGUGCGUCCUUCGCGCACGAUUUGAUUGACAGCCUCUCUCUCGCGUUCUUUGUCUGCUUUUAGCUUUUAUUUUUGAUCUCUUCUUUCCUGCCUCGCAGCAGGGACUGCUCUUUGUGCAAAUCCUAACUGAUAGCUUCCCUCCGGCGUUUUGUUUUUCUAUUCUUUAUUCUCGCCAGGUCUGCCCCUCGCGCGGGGCCCCUUCUGCUUUGGCAAAACAAUCUCCCCGCGCGCUGUCCCGCUCUGGCGCCGUGCCAUUUUUCUUAUUUAUGUUGAUUCUUCUCUCGCGGGCAAGGAAUAACCUUACUGAGUCCGGGUUUCGAAUAAUAAAUUCGGAAUUCUUUUUUUUUCCCUUUUAAUGGGCAGGAACUAACCUCGCCCAGCCGUGAAAAGUUUUCGAAUGAUAGAUUCGGAAGCUAGUAAACCCUAGGCAUGCCAAGGGUCAGGCAUUUUCAGAAAAUGCCAUACAAGUAAUUUCUACCUUUGCGUUUGGUGAACCACGCGUUAAAUCGCGUGGGUCACUCAGCCAAACACAGGCAAAGAAUGUCAUUCCGUAGCACUCUGCGGAAUGUCCCUUAUGCAUACAAUAGGCUCGACCGCCCCUGUUGAGGGAACGGAAUCUAUUAAUGUUCCCCCCAAUCCUUUCGCAACGCCGUGUUGUGUAUACAUGCAGCAGAGAGAUGCUCGCCGACCCAUUGCACUUUGGCUCGGAAUACUGGGAAACUUGGUGUUGGUGUGACUGGUGACAGUGCUUGGAAAUUCGGACACCGCGUGCCGAACCCGAUUCGUUCAUCCUAGACUCUGUGAAGAUGUGCUACAGGCUUCUGGACAAGACACUUGGACAUUUAAAGGAUCUCCUUCCUUCCUCGGCUCCGCCCCCUUUUCUGCCAGCCACUUUCUGUGGCUCCUCGCGCCCCGCUUGUCGGCUUUGGCGAAACAACCUCCCUCUCUCUUUUUUCACAAUUUUUUCUUCUAUCAGCUUUUAUCCCCUUCCCUUCCCCCAAUCCAACGAUGACCGUUCGGCCCAUGGCUGUAACUCCAACGAUGGUUUUUCCUCUUUUGCAAGACUUCUCUCUCUCUCUCUCUCUCUCUCGAAAAUUUCAGGUUGCCCCAGUUGUUGUUUCGCCAUCUUUUUGCGAGUAACAACGUCGAUCUUCUCCCGAAGACAAGUCGCGCGAGGAUGCCCCCCCAACCGAGCGGAAAAGCAGUGAAGAAGGCGGGCAAGGCACAGAAAAAUGUGCGUGCCACCGACAAGAAGAAGAAGAGGCGCAAGAGGAAGGAGAGCUUCAGCAUCUACAUCUACAAGGUGCUCAAACAGGUCCAUCCCGACACCGGAGUGUCCAGCAAGGCCAUGUCGAUCAUGAACAGCUUCGUGAACGACAUCUUCGAGCGCAUCGCAGCAGAGUCGUCUCGGCUGGCUCACUACAACAAGCGCUCGACCAUCACGAGUCGGGAGAUCCAGACAGCUGUGAGGCUCCUGCUGCCGGGUGAACUGGCAAAGCAUGCGGUGUCCGAGGGCACCAAGGCUGUCACCAAGUACACCAGUUCCAAGUAACACCCAGGAGCUAUCUCCCUGCUGUAUGUACAAACGGCCCUUUUGAGGGCCAUACUCA